CUCCAUCCCGCCAGCAUCUAGUACGGCCACUCUGCAGUGCAUCACUACACCACACACUGCUCACCGUCUCCGACAGCACCCGCCGCAAUGGGCGCCGUCGUGCCGUACCGCGACAUCAACGUGCACUCGUCCCCCUCGCACUAUGCCUUCUCGUCCCCCUCGUCCCCCUCGGCCCCGACGCUGGUGGUAGAGCGGCCGUCAGGUGACCUGCGUCUGCACGAGGGCAAGCUGCUGGGCUCCAAGCGCGUGUCGAGCGUGGCCGGCAUACUCGGCAUGAUCAAGCUGCGAUUAGACAAGUACAUCAUCGUCAUCACAAAGGCGCAGCCUGUGGGAAGGAUAAAGGGUCACAUGAUCUACCGCAUCGUCACCACCGAGUUCCUGCCACUGCGCGAGCAACCACUGCACGACGCUGACGAGGACAACUACGUCUCGCUCCUCAAGACCCUGCUCAAGACGUCCCCGCUCUUCUUCUCCUACGCCUUCGACAUCACCAACAGCUUCCAGCGACAGGCCCACCUCGACCCCUCGAUACCCCUGUGGAAGCGCGCGGAUGAUCGCUUCUUCUGGAACCGCUUCGUGCAGAGUGACUUGAUCGAUUUCAGGGGAGGGCAAGGCAAGGGCUAUGGAAGGCACGCGGGUGGUCAGCAGCCCGAGGUGGACCCCUACAUCCUGCCCGUCAUGUACGGGAUGAUGGAGAUCAAGAACACUUCAAUCAAGGGGACCCCACUCACCUUCAUCCUGAUCACUCGGAGAUCGCGACUACGCGCUGGAACACGCUACUUUUCACGAGGCAUCGACGAGAACGGCAACGUGUCCAACUUCAACGAGACGGAACAGACCAUCAUCUUGAACGACAGCGCAUCGGGUGGUCCAGGAGGCUUUGGUUCGAAUCAGAGUGGAGUUGGCGGCAACACAGGCAAAGAGACGCAGGUGCUCGCAUACGUCCAGACGCGAGGCAGUGUGCCGGUCUACUGGUCCGAGAUCAACACCCUGAAAUACACGCCCAAGCUGCAGGUUCGUGGGAUAGAAAACGCCCUGCCCGCCGCAAAGAAGCACUUCGCCGAGCAGAUACGGCUGUACGGCGACAACUGGAUGGUCAAUCUCGUCAACCAAAAAGGCCGCGAACAGCAAGUCAAAGAGGCGUACGAGCAAAUGGUCGAGCACCUCCUCAACUCGCCCAUGGAAAACGUGCAAGGCGACAGCAUCACACCCGAGAAAUUCCGCAUCAUCGAGCCCCACAACGCGCAGACCGUAUACGACCGCCUCCACUACGUCUACUUCGACUUCCACAACGAGACCAAGGGCCUGCGCUGGGACCGCGCAAAGCUGCUGAUGGACCAGCUGGACCCGCACGUCGUCAAGCACGGCUACUUCCGCGGCAUCGACAUGCCCGGCGACGCGGGCCGCGUCGAAGUCCGCCGCCACCAAACCGCCGUCGUCCGCACAAACUGCAUGGACUGCCUCGACCGCACAAACGUCGUCCAAAGCAUGAUCGGCCGCUUCAUCCUCUCCCGCAUGCUCAUCGACCUCGGGCUGCUGCGUGACGGCGAAAGCGCAGAAGAAGACCAGGCCUUUGAAUUCCUCUUCCGCAACGUCUGGGCUGAUAACGCGGACGUGGUCUCGAAAUCUUACUCCGGCACCGGCGCCCUCAAAACGGACUUCACCCGCCUUGGUAUACGUACAAAGGCCGGCGCGCUGCAGGAUCUGAGUAAUUCCAUCACCAGGUAUUGUUUGAAUAACUUCAAAGAUGGCCCACGACAGGAUGCGUUCGAUCUCUUCCUCGGCACGUAUCUUCCUGCUGACUCGUCGAUUGGCGCUCAACUUCUGUUUGCGGAUAGACGACCCAUCUUCAUCCAGGCCGUGCCGUACAUCCUCGCGGCGAGCGUGUUCUUCAUCCUCGUGGGUGCCCUGACGCGCCGCGCGCCUGAAGCGGCCGUCUGGCCGCUGCGCCUUGUUAUGCUGCUUUGUCUUGGGGGCGCGGCGGCGUGCUUGCAGUUUGUGUGGGGGAAUGGCGCGCUCUAUGUUAAUUGGCCCAAACUCAACCGUCUCCAAGCUCAGGUUGAAACGUACCAGGAUACGCUGAGUAAGGUGUCGCGCAGCCCGGUUGUGGGCGCGCUGGUGGGGACUAGGCAUGAGAGGGGGAAGAGCGAUGCGAGGUUGCUCGGGUUGGAGGAGGGGAAGAAGAGGGUUGAGUAGGUGGAUGGGAUUGGGAAGGAACUGGACUGGACUAAGGGGGUGGGGCAUAGAUGGG